CAGAAUUGGACACUAUAAGCAAUCUAGAGGAGCUGGAUUUGAGCGGAAAUAACAUUACAAAAUUUAUAAGCUCAAGAGGAAUGAAAAGCUUGAGAAAUUUUAGCACACUUUAUCUAAGCCAUAUCACUAUAAAAGGAAGAAGCAUGCUAUUAGAAUCAUUGGGAGCUUUGACCCAUCUCAAGAUCCUUCAUCUAAGUUGGAGUAAUUUUGAAGGGACACUAUUUAAUAAAGGAUCUAAUGUGACCAAUGUGAAAGAGUUAUAUCUAGAUGGGUCUUCUCUAGAUGAAAACUUCCUCCAAAGUCUUGAAGCACUCUCUUCUCUUAAGCUUUUCUCUUUAGUUCGACUGAAUUGCACCCUGCCAAUCCAAGGUAAAUUUGUUUUCUAACUCUCUCUUUUAUCGAGAAGAACAAUGGUUACAUUUUAACUUCGUGGAGAAUACAAGAGUUUUAACUUCACAUUCAAGUCUAAUAUAUCAUUAUCUUCUCCCAUAUAUAUUUGAAUUUUAUUAUUAUUAUUAUUAUUAUUAUUACAGGUUUGACACGUCUGAAGAAUUUGGAACAUUUAUAUUUGGAUGAAUCUGUUAUUAACGGUAACUUUCUGCGAAUAAUUGGAGUGUUGUCCUCCCUCAAAACAUUAUCAAUGCGGGGUUGUGAACUUAAUAGCACAAUGUUCAUGAACCAAGGUUUAUGUGAAUUAAAAUAUGUUCAGUCGCUAGAUAUUAGCUACAAUGAACUCAGUGGUAGCUUGCCUUUAUGUCUAGCAAAUUUGACAUCCCUUCAACAGUUAGAUCUCUCUGAAAAUCACUUCAUUGGAAACAUCUCUUUAUCUCCCCUGAGGAGUUUAACAAGUCUCGAAUAUCUAGCUCUCUCAUACAAUCUUUUCCAAAUCCCAAUCUCAUUAAGUCCAUUUUUCAACCAUUCAAAGCUCAAGCACCUGGGUAGUAGGGGUAACGAGAUAUUUGUAGAAACAAAUCACCAAUAUUUGAAACCAAGGUUUCAAUUAGAGUGGCUUGAUUUAUCUGGUGGUGGAUAUUGUGGAGCAUUCCCCAAAUUCCUACAUCAUCAGCAUAACCUACAAUUUGUUAAUCUAUCACACAUUCAAAUGAGAGAUGUGUUUCCAUAUUGGUUGAUACAGAACAACACAAAACUAGUAACUCUUUACUUGGUCAACAAUUCUCUCUCAGGGCCUCUCCAACUGCCACUCCAUUCUCAUAUGAAUUUGUCAAUAUUAGAUAGCUCAGACAAUUGCUUCAAUGGCUCAAUUCCAGUAGAGAUCGGAACAUAUUUGCCAAAAUUGAUAUAUUUAUACAUGUCGGGAAAUGGUUUCAAGGGUAGUAUUCCCUAUUCAUUUGGAAAUAUGAGCUUAUUGGGAAUGUUAGACUUAUCCAACAAUAGAUUAUCUGGUAGCAUAUCAAACUUAACCAUGGGCUGUGUCUCAUUACAUGAACUCAUAUUUUCAAACAACAGUUUCACUGGAAGCAUCCCAAAUAGCCUUUCUAAUUGUAAUAACUUGAGAGUAUUGGAUGUCAAUUAUAAUAAUCUCUCUGGUAAGAUCCCUAAUUGGAUGAGGAAUAUGUCUUCUCUUCAAGUUUUGGAUCUUUCACAGAAUUACAUUUCUGGAAGUUUGCCAUCCAAUUUCUGCCCUCUAGGUAUAAUAGAAGUCCAUUUGUCUAAAAAUAGGCUACAAGGAUUGUUAAUGGAUUCAUUCUAUAAUUGCCUUUCAUUGUUGGUGUUAGAUCUUGGUCAUAAUAAUUUGAUAGGCCACAUUCCAAAUUGGAUUGGCGAGAUUCCAUUGGGCUAUGUUCUCUUGAGUCAUAAUCAUUUGGAAGGUGAAAUCCCUCUUCAGCUAUGCAAGUUGGAUAACUUGCACUUGAUUGAUCUUUCUCAUAACAAUCUUUCUGGUCAUAUUCCUUAUUGCCUAAGAUCUAGAAAUGAUGAUUGGUUAGCUCCAAUAUCUAGUGUACAACCUGAACAUCCUGUGGAGUUUACAACCAAGAAUAAUUUCUAUUUUUACCAACCAAGAAUCCUCCGCUAUUUCUCCGGAAUCGAUCUUUCUUGCAACAAUUUGACAGGUGAGAUUCCUCCUGAAAUUGGAAAUCUUAGCAUGAUCAAGGUGUUGAAUUUGUCCCACAACAAAUUGGUUGGACCAAUCCCACCAACAUUUUCAAACCUCAAGCAAAUUGAGAGUUUGGAUCUUUCUUAUAACAAUUUGGAUGGAAAAAUUCCUCAACUUACUCAGCUAUAUUCUCUAGCUGUAUUCAGUGUAGCACACAACAACCUAUCUGGAAAAACACCUGAGAGAGUUGCACAAUUUGCAACAUUUGAACAAAGUAGCUAUGAGGGAAAUCCCUUCCUUUGCGGACCACCACUGCCAAAGAGUUGCUACAACACAUCUCCAUCACCACCAAGAACUUCAACAGGAGAAAAAGAAGAUAAUGGCUUCAUGGACUUGGGUGUUUUUUAUGUGAGCUUUGUGGUGUCUUACAUCAUGGUGUUGCUAGGAAUAGCAGCAAUUUUAUACAUAAACCCAUAUUGGCGAGGGAGAUGGUUUUACUUCAUAGAGAUGAGCCUCACCAAUUGCUACUAUUUUGUGGUGGACAAUACUCCUCUUUUUCCCAAAUUUAGAGUUUCACAUAAUUGAGGCUCUCCAUGUUCAUUGUUUGAUGAUCUAUGUUUUCCAGUGUUCAAUUAUUUUCAUUUAGUUUUUUUCCCCCUAACCAAAUGAUGUAUUUGAAUUUUCUGGCACUUGUAAAUGAUUUAAGCUAAUUAUAUAUUUGAAAAUAAUUCCUGGACAUUGUUAAUAUUAGACGUUAAAUUAGGAUUUGCUUCCUCAU